GAACGACGUGAAUGGUGAAUCGCGCUCGUAUUUUGGUGGAGCGACGAGGCUCGAUGGAAUUCCAACCGGUUGAAAAUCCAUCGCGCCACGCCAAACCUACGUCACUCCAACUCCUCGUGAAUGGGGAAUCUCGAUGGCAUGCUGGAACGACGGAACGACCGUGAAUGUGGAAACCUGUGGGUUGUCCCGUCUCAGUGCGUGUCAGACCGUUGACUUGGAAGGAUAGAUUGCUGUUUUGCUCUUGUUUUGAUUGUUGUUUUGUUCUUGUGUUGUUGUGUUGUCAUGAGUCCGAACCGGGAUUUUGUAAUCUCUGUGAUCGAGAUGUACAGGGAUCAUACCUGUUUGUGGAAAAUAACAGACCCUGGUUACCAUGACAAGGUAAAAAGGAACGCUGCUCUGGAGAUGAUCCUUGAAUUUUUUAAAACUGUUGAUCCCACAGCUACAAAAGAUGUAGUUACUAAGAAGCUCAACUCGAUGAGAGGCUCAUUUCGGAAGGAAAUGAAUAAGGUUCGAGCAUCUCAGAGGUCGGGUACUGGAGCUGAUGACGUUCACAUACCAAAACUGUGGUACUUCGACAGAUUACAAUUCCUGGAGGACCAAGAAUUUCCAAGGCCAUCCACAACCAUUGCAUCUGUACUAGAUGACAUGCCUUUUGAAUAUGACGAGACUGAUGUUGAUGAUCCAGCAGAAACCCAAUCUCAGACCUCAUCAUCAUCUUCACGGCCACAAACACCUGUAAGCAAUAAUUUUAAAAGACCACAUACAAAAGCUGAUCAAGUUCUCGACAAAAUUUCAAAACGUAUGGACCAACCACCAGAGAAACGCCUUCCACAAGAAAAAUUUGCAUCGUUCGGAGAACAUAAUGCGGAAAAACUGCGCUACAUGCCUCCCGAAAUGGUACCAAUUUGCCAAAAACUCAUCUCUGACUGCAUAUUUCAGGGAGAUAUGAAAAACCUGAACAUAACAUCACGUAUUGUUACCGACUACGUCAACGUCAUGUCCCAACCCUCUACGUCACAGCCUAUUUCUUCUGAUCCAUCACUCAGAGGUGAAACCACCCAACUCCUACACAAUGCAUUUUAUGAUGCUAUGAACUCCGUCAAUGAUAAUGACUGAAUGUAUGAUGAAUUAGACUUGAGUUUGUUUGUUGUUUCUGAAGUGUAAUAAAAUUUUUCUUUUUUUCUUAAAUUGUGUUUUUUUUUCUAUUGUUAAAAAUCUACUUCUAUAACAAUAGUUUUAAUUAUAGGUAGGUUAUCAUUCUAACCCUUUAUA